UCUCCCCUCAGUUUUUUGCUCCUCAGCUUUCCUUUCCCCCCAACUCUCGCUGUCAGACUUUCGUUUAAGCAUAUUAGACCCUUCUCCUCUCUAUUGUCGUGCGUUGAGAUUAUAUCUGUUAUCUUCUAAUACCGUGAAAAUAAAAAACCCAAAAUGGGCUCUGAAACGCCGUCCAACCCUCUCUGGACAACCAAGUCCGUAUUGGCGACCCUACCCAAUCCCCCGGAGGAGAACUCUGCUUCUCCUAUCCCUUUCUUUCACCUACUCGAGAGGCUUAAAACGACCAAGCGGGAAGGUUGGCGCCGCUUCGGCAUCACAACAGGGGAAUCUAUUUCGGACCAUAUGUAUCGUAUGUCGGUGAUGACAAUGCUCGCCCCACCUUCGCUCGCCCUGCGACUGAACCUGCCCCAUUGCAUGAAGAUGGCCCUCAUUCACGACAUGGCAGAGUCGCUCGUAGGCGACAUUACCCCGGUGGACAACGUGAACAAGGAGGAGAAGGCCCGUCGUGAGGCUGACGUGAUGAAUUACAUCUCCAAGAACCUGCUGGGAGGCGUGCCCGGUGGAAUGUUGACUGGAGAUGAAAUUCUGAAGGUGUUCCAGGAGUACGAGGACAACGAGACACUAGAAGCCAAGUACGUGCACGAUAUCGAUAAGAUGGAGCUUCUUCUGCAGAUGCUCGAAUAUGAGCGUACGCACGAACUUGAUUUGUCUGAGUUCUGCCAUGUCGCUAGCCGCGUUCAGUUGCCUGAGAUCAAGGAAUGGGCGGCGACAGUGAUGCAGGAGCGGGAGGCUUUCUGGAAGAAGAAGGCUACACAGGCAUGAGAGCAUGGAUUAUUGGAUAAGGGUGAUAUUCUUUCCGGUUAUGUUUAAUGGCGUUGGUGCCUAAUGAGUUAUCUGUUUUCUUUCUUGUUUCGUUUCUCUUCUCUUAUUAUCAUGCUGCAUACAUACCACUAGACAGGUGGAGGCGUUUGGACCCAUGAAUACUCUAGAUAGAUACC